UCCCCCUCCCCACCCUGGCUCUCCUCCUCCUGCUCGCCCUCCUCUCCCCCCUCCUCCCUUCCUCCUCCUCCUCCUCCUCCUCCCUCCCUCCAACAUGGCCGCGAAGUCGGACGGAGGCGCGGCUGUGGCGGUGUCGGUGGGGGCGGCGGCGACCCCUUCUCCGUCCUCCUCCUCGGUCUCUUCGGCGGCGGCGGGGCCACGCAGGGAGGGGUCCUGCUCGGGCCUCUCCCGCUCGGGCCGCCCGCCUUCCUCGGGGCCCUUUCCUCCGCUCCCUCCUUCCUUGGCAGGGGGAGGCGGGGGCACGGCUUCCCCUCCGGCGCUGCUCCUGCUCCGGGGCCACCACGCUUCUUCGUCUUCGUCCGCGGCGCUGCCUGCCUUGCCUGGGGCGGCUCCGGCUCCUCCUGCUCCCCCGGUGGCGUCUCUGUCGGGGCGCGGGUCCCGCUUCGGGGCCGGGGAGUGUGCUUGGGCGCUGGGGGCGCUGCUGGUCUUCUUCUCGGACGGGGCCAGCGACCUGUGGCUCAGCGCCCACUACUACCUCCGCGGGCAGCUCUGGUGGUUCGGCCUCACCCUCCUCUUCGUCCUCCUCCCCUCCGUCGUCGUCCAGGCCCUCAGCUUCCGAUGGUUCGUCUACGACUUCACCGCCUCCACCUCCACCGCCGCCGCCGCCACCCCCGGGACCUCCUUCUCCGCCAAGGAAGGAGCAGGCGCGCCCAAGAGAGGAGCAGGAGGAUCAGGAGGGAAAGCCGCCUUCAGCACCAAGGACAGCGCCGGAGGAGGAGGAGGAGGAGGAUGCAGCCAAGGCGCCUCGCCCGCCCCGCUCACGCCCCCUGCCGGGCCCCGCGGGUGCUGCAGGUGCUGCCUCUGGCUCCUCCAGACCCUCAUCCACCUCCUCCAACUGGGACAGGUCUGGAGGUACCUGCGGACCAUGUACUUGGGUCUUCAGAGCCGCUGGCAGUCAGAGCAUCGCCGGCGCCACUUCUACUGGAGGAUGAUGUUUGAGAAUGCGGACAUUAGUAUGCUGCGGCUGCUGGAGACCUUCCUGAAGAGCGCCCCGCAGCUGGUCUUGCAGCUGAGCAUCAUGGUGCACCAGAACUACAUUGAGCCCUUGCAGGGUCUCUCGGCCUCGGCCUCCUUGGUCUCACUCGCCUGGACACUGGCCUCGUACCAGAAGGUGCUGCGGGACUCGAGGGAGGACAAGCUGCCCAUGUCCUACAAAGGGGCAAUGGUGCAGAUCCUGUGGCACCUCUUCACCAUCGCUGCCCGAGCCAUCGCCUUCGCCCUCUUUGCCUCUGUGUUCCAGCUCUACUUCGGCAUCUUCAUCGUCACCCACUGGUGCAUCAUGACCUUCUGGAUCAUCCAAGGCGAGACGGAUUUCUGCAUGUCCAAGUGGGAGGAGAUCAUCUACAACAUGGUGGUGGGCAUCAUCUACAUCUUCUGCUGGUUCAACGUCAAGGAGGGGCGCAGCCGGUGCCGCAUGUCCAUCUACUACAUCAUCACCUUGUCGGAAAAUGCCGCCAUGACAGGGCUCUGGUACUGGCACCGGAAUGAGAGCAUCUCUGAGUCCAACGCCUUAAUCAUCGUCUGUGUUGUCACCUCCAGCUUCGCCUUAGGUGUCUUCUUCAUGUUCAUCUACUACUGCCUCUUGCACCCUAACGGAACCAUUUUCGCCACACAGAGCACGGGGUGCAUGUGCCGAGAGGAGGCCACCGCUGUACCAGGUGGCGCUGGGGACGUGGUCACCAGCCCCCCGCGCUCCUUGCCGAGGACUACAGGGGCUGAGAGGGAGGGGGUCCCUGGAGACAGAGACAGCUGCGUGCCGGUCUUCCAAGUCCGGCCCAGUGUGCCCCCCACCCCCAUGCCCCGCGCCCCACGGACAGAGGGCCCCGUCAUCCGUAUUGACUUGCCCCGCAAGAAAUACCCCGCCUGGGACGCCCACUUCAUUGACCGGCGCCUCCGGAAGACUAUCCUGGCGCUGGAGUACAGCUCACCCACCACGCCGCGGUUGCAGUACCGCAGUGUGGGGGCCUCGCAGGAGCUGCUGGAGUACGAGACCACUGUGUAAAAAGGAAAGAAAGAACACAAAAUGGGUGAAGCUCCUGGCCCUGAGUGUCAGGGUCCCUUUCCCGAAUGUGGGGUGACCCAGGCUUGGCUUCUGAGCAGCCGAGGCAAAUGGGCUACAGGAUCGGUUCUCUGGUCUAUGGGGGGCAAGAGGGUCGGGGGCCGCCACAGCAGCUGGCUGCACCCCCGCCUCUCAUUAGCAAUUUUGAUUCGUUGUUCCUCCCUGUACCGCACUGAAGACCUCCGACUACCCUCCCGUCUUUUCCUCCUCUCCCAGGUGGGCUACAAUUCUGGUGCUACUUUCCCUCUACUUGGUCAACGGGCUAGGGAAACGAGGCUACCGUCUUUCCCCAAUUUACCCCAGGUGGAUCCUCACCCUAUCUCAAACGCCAUGCAAGAGACGCGGUGCCCCACGUGUGCCCCUGUUUGCUCUGACAAAGCGGUGGCAACGGUCUCUCCCCAAAUACCUCACCUGUUACCUGAGCCAGGUAGCCGAGGCCUCUCGUUUGGAGUCCAUGGGUUUCUGCUAUUUAAGAGCCAUCACUGUAAAGGGCUGGCAGGGAAAGGGAGGGGUCCUUGUGGGGAAGCUUCGUUUAAAGUCGCAGCGUUAAUUGCCAGAUUCCAGCGGAGUGAGGACAAGGUGAUAAGCAUGUCCCACUGGGAAAGCACAGCGAGGGAGGAUUUUCCAUGCAGGACAUCAGAUCUAGUGCUCGGAAAAGAGAAAUAAUGCAGUACUCUUGGUUUUACUACCACUCUUUUCCCAUUCCUGCAGGAAAAACAGGUGCUUUGGAACUAAAGGGUGCAUCCACACAACACAAUUAUAGCACUAUGAUACCACUUGACGUGCCACAGCUCCAACCUGGGAUGAAUACUUUCAGAAGGUGCUUAGAAUUUUUUUGCUGCAGUCCAAGAGAGUGCAUUAAAGAACUACAAAUCCCAUAGCCAUCCAAGGGGCAUCGAUAUCCUAUUUCUGUGUACUGUGGAUACCUCCCAAGUGACAUACCACAUGACACAGGGUGCAUCUACACUAUUGAAUUAAUGCAGUUUGGCACCCUGUUAACUCCCACGACUCCGUUGUAAGGAAUCAGGGGAACUCUGGUUUUAUAAGAUCUUUAGCACUCUUGGCCAAAGAGUGUUGGUGCCUCGCCAGACUACAACUCUCAGGGUUCUGUAGCAUUGAGCCGUGGUAGUUAAAGUGCUAUCGAACUGGAUUCAUUCUGUAGUGUAGAUGCACCCACCGUUAUAGCACUUUGGACCUGCUUUGACCUGCUGUGACUCCAUUAUAUGGAAUUCUGGGAUUUAUAGUUUUUGAGGAGCACUAGAAAAUAAUUCUCAACACCUUGCAGAACUACAAGUCAUAGAAUCAAAAGUUGGAAGAGAUCUCAUGGGUCAUCCAGUCCAAUCCCAUUCUGCCAAGAAGCAGGAAUAUUGCAUUCAAAGCACACCUGACAGAUGGCCAUCCAGCCUCUGAUUAAAAGCUUCCAAAGAAGGAGCCUCCACCACACUCCGGGGCAGAGAGUUCCACUAAUGAACGGCUCUCACAGUCAGGAAGUUCUUCCUCAUGGUCAGAUGGAAUCUCCUCUCUUGUAGUUUGUAGUCCCAGAAGCCCAUAGAGUACUCGAAGUGAUAUCAAAGCCCUACAAUCUUAUGAGAAUGGAAAGACCUAUGGAUAGCUAUGCUAUACAUUCCUGGUACUAGUCAUCUGCAUGUCUAAGGAUGAUGGGAGUGGUGGUUGGUAGGGGAAAAUAGGACAAGUGUAAAUUGCUCGCCUCCCUAUGUUUGUUUGUUUAAAUACGUGUUUGUAAAAAAAAGAAUAAUAUUGACACUGAGGGCUUCCAGAAAGAGUGGGUCUGACCUUAAACCGAAUAGGUCGAAGAGGUGUUUUAAACUUCAGAGGGAUUCUGGGAGUUGUAGUCCCCUCUCCCCCAAAAGGUAACAUGUGCAGGUUUUAGGAUGCCAAGCCUCUCUAAUAUACCUUGCAACUUUACCUUGGGUUUUAUACUACAUUAUCUUCCCAAAAGAGGAGUGUGAAUGUGUGAGUAUGUGUGUGUAAUAUUCUAUGAUCCCUGUAUCCACUGUUUUGUUUAUCCACACCCAACAAAAUAUGGCUCAGUGCUGUGGAAUCAUGGAAGCUGUAGUUGGGUCCACAUAUAUGUUGCAGGUCCAGAUAUCAUAGAAUCCUAGAGUUGGAAGAGACCUCAUGGGCCAUCCAGUCCAACCCCAUUAUGCCAAGAAGCAGGAAAAUUGCAUUCAAAGCACCCCUGACAGAUGGCCAUCCAGCCUCUGUUAAAAGCUUCCAAAGAAGGAGCCUCCACCACACUCCAGGGCAGAGAGUUCCACUGCUGAACAGCUCUCACAGUCAGGAAGUUCUUCCUAAUGUUCACAUGGAAUCUC